AUGUUUAUGCCUACUCCAUACUUUUGUUUCACCUCAGUACCAAUGCGUGCAAGUUCCAUUGAUAUUCAUCCGAAUGCAACAUGGUCAACGAAUGGUACCACUAUGGCUGGAGGAGGCAGUGGAACCAAUGAACUCUCUAAUCCAUAUGGUUUGUACAUCGACGACGAUCUAACGAUUUAUGUCGCUGAUCAUUGGAAUCAUCGUAUUGUGGAAUGGAAAUCUGGUGCAACGAAUGGAAAAGUUGUUGCUGGUGGGAAUGGAUGUGGAAAUGGAACUCAUCAAUUAUGUUACCCAGCAGAUGUAAUUAUCGACAAAGCGAGCGAUAGUCUCAUCAUCUCCGAUUACAGGAAUAGAAGAGUAAUUCGUUGGCCUCGUCGAAAUGAUACUCUUGGGGAAACAAUUAUUUCAAAUAUAUCUUGCUGGGGUUUGACAAUGGACAACAAUGGAUUUCUCUAUGUCGUUGACCGUGAAAAACAUGGAGUGAGACGAUAUAAGAUUGGUGACACUGAAGAAACAAUGGUUGCAGGUGGCAAUGGGGAAGGAAAUCGUCUCGAUCAACUCUCCGAACCCCGCUACGUAUUUGUCGAUCAAGAUCAUUCAUUUUAUGUGUCUGACUCGGGCAAUCGUCGUGUCAUGAAAUGGGAAGAAUGUACGAAACAAGGCAUUGUCGUAGCCGGUGAUCAAGGAAGAGGAAAUCAUCUUACACAAUUGAUGGAACCUGAAGGAAUCGUUGUCGAUCAAUUGGAUACUGUCUAUGUGGCUGAUUCUGCGAAUCAUCGAAUUAUACGUUGGCCAAAAGGAGCCACGCAAGGAAUUGUCAUUGUUGGUGGAAACGGUUAUGGAGCACAGUCGAAUCAACUCUAUUGGGCCGUAGGUUUAUCAUUCGAUCAACAUGGCAAUCUCUAUGUCGUCGAUACCGCGAAUAAUCGAGUACAAAAAUUUAACAUCGCAUAA